CUUGACACACCAUCCACGGACAAAUUUCCAGUGACAAAAAUUGUUGGGUCGCUUGGAAUGGUGUUAUUCUUCAAUACUUGUGAUUUCAUAACUUUUCCUUGGGGACAAUCAUUAUUUCCCCACUUGUCUCCCUCUUCUUUUACCUUUUUUUUCUUGUUUUAAUUUAAUUUUGCUCCGAAUUUUGACAUCUUCAAAUUAUUUCAUACAAUCUAUUAUAUACCCAUAUUUAUAUGAGUGGAUUGAAGUCCAAUUCAUUUUCAAUAUUGCUACUUUUUUGCCGCCACUAAUUAGAAGAAAAAUGAAAGUAUGUUAGCAAUAAGAAAUAUCAACUUGUUUUUUACUACAUUCAUCGACUCCAAAGCAGAAACGUCUCCUUAUUGUUUCAGCCAUAUUCAACAAAUUGUGUUAUGUGUAGCCAUCGAAAUGAACAAUCGUUGGCCUCUAGUACUCUUUUUAUGCUUCAAACUCAACAGUAAUCUAUGUUUUGGAGGGGACACUAUUUCCGCGAAUAAAUCUCUUUCAUUUGGCGAAACAAUAGUCUCUUCAGGUGAGAAAUUUGAGCUUGGUUUCUUCAAAUCAGGUAAUUCUUUCAACUACUACAUAGGCAUAUGGUACAAGAACACUAUUUUAUGGCAAAAUGUAGUAUGGGUAGCAAAUAGGGAUAAACCACUUGAUUAUGGUACUGCUAACUUAACAAUUCUUCAAGGCAACCUGGUGCUUAUCGAUAAAUUUCAAGGUAUAGUUUUGUCAACACAUGUUGCUAGGACUAUUACUUCAAAUAAUUCAGUCAUAGCAGUUCUUCGUGACGAUAUAAAUUUGAUUUUGAGUGAUAUGUCAAAUUCAUCAGCAACCUUAAUACUAUGGGAAAGUUUUGACUAUCCAACAGAUACAUUGUUGCCUGGUGCUAAGCUUAGAUACGACAAACGUCGUACACAUAGGGGACAGGUUCUGAUUUCAUGGAAGAGUUUGAGUGAUCCAGCACCAGGAUUGUAUUCUCUAGAACUAGACCCCAUCCAUGCCCGAUUUGUUAUAAAAUGGAAUAGGACUAAACAAUUUUGGGCAAGUGGUUCAUGGAAUGGCCAUACGUUCAGCCCGUUUCCUAAAAUGGGGUUAGACUACACGUAAAAUUACAACUAUACCAACAAUGGAAAUGGAUCAUAAGUUACAUAUUCCCUUUCUAAUUAUACUAGUUCAUGGCCACCAAAGUGGAAAAUAGAUGUCUCAGGAAAAAUUAAGGAACUCGUAUGGUUGGAUAGUGACUCUCAUUGGACUCUAUUGUGGUCUCAACCUAGAGAACAAUUUACGCUUAUUGUGGGGCAUUUGGAGUUUGCAAUAAUGCUAAUUCAUCCUGAAACUGUUUAAGCGGUUUCAAGCCAAGAUCAUAUAGAGAAUGGAGUUCGAAUGAUUAUAUGAGUGGCUGUGUAAGAAAUGAAAAGUUAAAGUGCAGUGCAAUUAAUAAAGAUGAGGAUAGUUUUUGGAUGAAUUCAAUUAUGA